GGUGUUAGUUUUUUGGGAUCUGUCAAGUAGGACGCACAAGGCUGAAGCAUAUCAGUGAGUCAUGGCAGUGCAGGUGCAGUUGGCGGUGGCGGCAUUAGUCACCUUGCUGGUGGCGACAGGGGAAGUUGCGGCCACGGAGGCGAAUGUCAGAUUAAAAGACAAUGGGUACGAGGGGGUCUUGGUGGCCAUCUCGCCCUCUGUGGAUGAGUCUUACGCCGAGGACAUCAUCGCUUCGAUAAAGAAGACAAUUAGCGACGCCUCCGAGGUGCUGUUCAAGGCUACUCAGCAGAGGGCCUUCUUCAGGGACGUCAAGAUCCUCCUCCCGAAGACGUGGACGAAGACGCCCUCUGACGCAGUCGCUCUGAACGAGAACUUCGACGAGAGCGACAUCAGAGUGGACGUAGGCACGGGAGUCUACGGCAACCAACCACACACAGAGCAGCCCGGAGGUUGUGGCGAUCCUGGCCUGUACAUUCAUCUUACUCCUGAAUACCUGGUCAAUGACGAGGAGUCAAACGUGUGGGGACCAAGAAGCAAGGUUUUGGUUCAUGAGUGGGCCAAGUUACGUUGGGGUGUGUUCGAUGAAUUUGGUUAUCCGAAUGAUGACAUGUAUCCCCUCUUCUACGCAUCCCAAAAUAUAGUUGAAGGCAAUGUCGAAGUCACAGUUCAUCCAAACUACUGUGCCAACGAAGUACUAUCGGGAAAGCUUAGAGACAUCACGGGGUCGGCUUGCUCGUACGCUGGCGAUCUCCCAGACAAGAACUGCCGCUUCAUUCCUGACGAUGACCAGGUCGCUGUCUCUUCGCUCAUGUCCCUCUACUACAUCGCAAACAUCGAGGAGUUCUGUGGUGAAACGAAGCGACACAACCUGAGGGCACCAAACAAACAUAACACUAAAUGUGACCACCGUUCCGUGUGGUCGAUAAUCAAGAUGCAUCCCGAUUUCAAAGACGACAACAAUCUACAAACACAGACUGCCUCGGCGACCAAAUUCACGGUGCUGCGUCAGGAGGCGGCUAAAUUCGCUCUGGUCCUCGACUACUCCUACAGCAUGAGGGAUUACGACAGGAUUAAGAAGCUCCAGUCGACGGCUAGACGCUGGAUCCUUCACGAGGUGGCUGAGGGCAGCUCCGUCGGCAUCAUCAAGUUCGGUGGGACGGCGGAGGUAGAAGCUCCCCUUACAGUGAUAGAGGGCGAAGCGUCCAGAAAAAUGCUGGCCGAUCUAAUAGAUGCAAAAUUGAGGUCGGCUACCAGUAUAGGAGCAGGGCUGUCCCUCGCCAUGAACUGGAUGCUUAAUAGAGAAAAGAACGCGGUGAUUUUGCUUAUUACUGACGGCGAAGAAAACACAUCUCCUUACAUUCGUGACAUCGAGGACCAGUUGGCGUCAUCUGGCAUCCGAGUUGUUACUAUCGCUUUCGGUGCAACAGCAGACCAGCAACUGGAGAGCAUUGCCCAGCAGACAGAUGGAAAAACAUAUACAGUAUUUGAUACAGACAGCGGAAGCCAGCUCCUCGAUGCCUUCCUUGGGGCGCUCACGUACCAGCCUGGAGAUACCGUGGCUGAUACCAAAGUCAAGAUACAUGAGUAUGCUUACAAUGGACCAGACAAGCUAGUGAGUAAGGAAUUCCCCGUCGAUGCCUCAGUAGGACGCGACAUGCUCUUUCAGCUGAAGACAAGCGCUUUGAAGCACACUAUUUCUCCCCCAUACCUGUUGCGACCUGAUGGAACCGCAGUAAAAACGGCGACCUUUGAUCCUCUUAUUGGGAGUUGGGCCAUAAAGGUGCCCCUAGCUGAGCCCGGAAGAUGGACGUGGAUAGCCGAACUGUCAGGCGACAAAAACUAUUACAUCCAAGUAGACGUUACAGCCAAGGCAAGAAACCCAGACAUCCUACCUAUCUACACUCAAGCUUGGGCAAGUUCCGGAUCAAGUGGUGUUGAUGCAACUGUUUCUCCAGUUAUUGUAUAUGCAGAGGUGAAACAAGGCAGCAACCCUGUCAUAGGUGCAACAGUCAGGGCGUACAUUAGCCACACGAGCACUCCAGACGAGGCGAUAGAGCUGGAUCUCUUAGAUAAUGGCCAAGGUGCUGACUCCCAGGCUGGCGAUGGUAUUUACUCCCGCUAUCUCACGCAGUACCCUUUCACCGGCAGAUAUAUUGUCAGAGCUCAGGCAUGGAACAACGGCAGCGCCUUUAUCAACAGCGGAUUCACAGCCAACCGUGCACCUCACCGACGCCACACUCGAGCUAUCCCGGCCAAGCCACUUGAUAUGCCAGUGUACUGCUGUGGCUCCAAAGUUCCCUUCAACGCAGAGGCAGCCGAGUCUGCUGGGGAGUUCAGCCGCUUCGUCGCAGCCGGAUCCAUUCAGGUGACCAAAAUCCCGGAAACUGGAGAUGUACUACCGCCCUCUCGCGUCACAGAUCUGCAGGUGGCUGGAACCUACGAAACCAGUCUUACCCUCACCUGGACUGCUACUGGCGAUGACCUCGAUUCGGGAAUAGUGUCCCAGUACGAAAUCCGCCUAAGCAGUAAUGACAGCGAUUUACUUGACGCUGAUGCCGAGAACACGACACUUCUGACUUUCGAAGAUUCAGUACAGAAGCCGGAGCUGUUUGUCAACGCUGGUGAAACGGUUAAUGUUACGCUGGAUUUGGAAGAGAGCAUUGAAAUUGGAAAGGUGUAUUACCUGACGCUGCGAGCAUCAGACGAUGUUGGAAAGUUGAGCUCCUUCUCGAACGUGGCCACAGUCUUCAUAGCGAACGAACCGGCGGAAGAAGGGCUUGCAAUGUGGAUCAUCAUCUCUAUUGCAGUUGCAACCCUCAUCGUCGUGAUUGCGGUCACUGCAUGUGUGGUUGUCUCCCGAAGAAAAAGGGGUAUUAGUGUCCCCGUGGAAAAUCCAGAUUGGUGAUUCAGAUUUUUCAUUUCUUGAUUAAUCAAUUGAUUUAUUAUUGUUGUUGUUAUUACUAUUAUUAUUAUAUAUCAUUAUUAUUGUCAUCGUUAUCAUUAUUAUUGUUGUUGUUGUUAUUAUCAUUGUUAUUGUUAUUAUUAUUAUCAUUAUUAUUAUUAUUAUUAUUAAGGUUAUUAUUACUAUUAUUAUUGUUAUUAUUAUAAUUAUCAUUAUUAUUAUUAUUAUUAUCAUUGAUAAUUUUUGGUAUUGUUGUUAGUUGUAUAUGUUUGUUCGUAGGGCUUUAAUUUAUUUUAUAUAUUUCUGUGUGUAUGUAUAUAUAUAUAUAUAUAUAUAUAUAUAUAUAUAUAUAUAUAUAUAUAUAUAUAUAUAUAUAUAUAUAUAUAUGUAUAUAUAUAUAUUUUUUUUUUUUUUUUUUUUUUUUUGGGGGGGACGUAUGAAGGAUUGUUUAUAUGUUUCGAUUCAGUUUGUGUUUGUUUUCUAUUGUUUGAUGUUUUUGAGUGAAUGAGGUUAUUUAAAUGUUAGAAAAAAAAUGUAUUUUUGUAAACAUAUACAGACUUAUUUCACUCAUAAGAUUGUAUUUAUUUGUUUCUUUUUCUAAUCGAUACAUUAUUAGAUAAGCUUAGUUUAAGUGCCAUACGUAAUGCACAUGUAAACUGCAUGCCUUUGUCUUGCAGCAUGUAGUAACUGAACUGUAUUAUAUUUUUACACCAGGCGUUGAAUUCAAUCGAUGCAAAUAAAGCUGUAAACUUUCUCCUGUAAA